CCGGUGGCCGACACGGUGGGGGGUCACACAGACUUCCCGUACAGUGUGGGCAGCGGCGGCUUCCCCUUCAACCCGGGGUUGUUCAUCAUGACGCCUGCCGGAGUCUUCCUCGCCGACAGCGCACUGCACAUGGCCGGCUUGACGGAGUACCCAGUGCAAAGUGAGCUGGCCUCCGCCAUUAGCUCCGGGAAGAAGAAAAGGAAACGCUGCGGGAUGUGCCCACCUUGCCGGCGCAGGAUUAACUGCGAGCAGUGCAGCAGUUGCCGGAACCGGAAGACGGGCCACCAGAUCUGCAAGUUCCGCAAGUGUGAGGAGCUCAAGAAGAAACCGUCUGCUGCACUGGAGGGCUGUCAUCUGGAGCACCAGGUGUCAGUGACGAACAGCCCACCCCUCCUCUCUCUCAUCAGUGGGGGCUGAUGGUCCUACAAACUUCUUGCUGAUGUCAACCCGAGUUGUUCGGAUUGUACAAAUUUGAAUAGUGUUCGAAUUGUGCUGGAUAUAUUUCACAUAUUAUUUAUUUUAAAGUCAUCCUGAAAUCAGAA